GUUCAUUCAUCUUGUCUGUUCCACACGACAAGUGUCCUGCGGAUCGCUCGAUACAAAAUUUCCUAAGAGGUAAGAGUAUUUCGAGCAAUAAGAAAUCUUUUCUAUCCACAAACAAUCCUUGACAAGAAUUCGAACGAAUAUAAACAUUUGUACACAUAUAUUAUGUAUAGAAUGGCAAUAUUAAUUAUUAUAUGUAUAAGAAUUGAUUUAUUCUUCGUUUUAGAACAUAUACAGAUUAUCUUUUGCACUUUUUUUUUGUUUUAGUCCUGAUAGAAUAAUUAAUAGAUAAAAUAGUUAGCUAACAUUCUUUUUUUUAUCGUUUAAUUAUACGGAUUGGUAUUGAAUUUUCAUUCAUUACCAAUUCAAUCAACCUUUUGCUAUUCCGUUAAGGAAAGGGAUGUGGUUGAAAAUUAUGCUAGAUCACGCUAAAGCCGGAUCGAUAAGCUAAAGCGCAAUAUAAAAGUUAUCGUUGAUUUAAAAAAUAUUAUCUAUAAACAACCUACUUUUUAUAUAUCACUUGUUUAAAAAAUUUGAACUUAAUCAACUGUUUUAUUUUCAAAAAAAAAAAUAUUAAAAUAUUUCUUGUUAGUUGUGACAUUGUAAAGCAUUGAGCUAGUUAAAAAGAUUUUUAUAUUGCUUUAAUUAGAUAAAAAGGAAUUAAAACUUUAAAGAGAGUAAACCAUUAAUAUGUUUAUAUAUGUAAUAAAUACACAUUUCAUAAGCUUUAUGACUUUUUUAACAAACAUUAAAAUAUCCAUUAUAUAUUUAUAUAGUAUAUGAUAAAUAUAGUAACUUGUCUUUUUUUCUCUCUCUCUCUCUUUCUCUUUUUCCCACUCUUGAAAUAAGGUUAUCUAUGUGACUUAACAUAACAGUUUCUACUUUUUCUUAUACUAUACUAUGUUUUUAUUGACGAUUUAUAAUAAAAAAGUACAUUUUCUUUAUUUAGUCAAAUAUUUAACAAUGAAUGGUGAAGUUACUGUCGAAGUUCACCCUGCUUUACAAGGUAGUGGAGAAGCUGAAGGUUUAGAAAUAUGGAGAAUCGAAUCGUUUGAACCUGUUAAACAAGAAAAAUCAACUUUUGGAAAAUUUUAUGAAGGUGAUAGCUAUGUUAUUCUGUCUACUAAAAAGCUAUCAGGACAGAGUAAAUUUGAAUAUCACAUUCAUUUUUGGCUCGGAAAGAAAUCAACUCAAGAUGAACUAGGUAGUGCAGCUAUUAGAGCGGUUGAACUUGACGAGUAUCUAAGCGGAUCAGCCACGCAACAUAGAGAAGCCCAAGGACAUGAAUCGAAGCUUUUCUUAUCUUACUUCAAAGAAGGAAUUAAGUAUGUUAGAGGCGGAGUUAAGAGUGGAUUUAAUGAAGUAGAUUUGACGAAAUUCGAAAAACGAUUAUUCCAAGUUAAAGGAAAAAGGAAUGUUAGAGUAGAACAAGUAGAAUGUAAAUGUGGAUCGCUUAAUCAAGGAGACGUUUUUAUCUUGGAUUGUGGUCCCAACAUAUUCGUAUGGAUUGGACCAAAGAGUAGUAAAAUCGAAAAAAUUAAGGGAACAAAUAUUGCAAGAAAAAUAAGAGAUGAUGAAAAAGCUGGACGAUCCCAUAUUCAUAUUGUCGAUAAAGAUUGGGAUACUAAUGAACUAUUUUUCAAAUCUCUUGGAUCCCGUGAUAAAACUAUUAAGGCCGCUGAAGCUGGUGGUGAUGAUAUGGACAUGAUAAGAAUGGCUGAAAGAGAAAUGACAUUAUACAAAGUGCUAUUGGAUGACAAUAAGCCUGUUAUAGAAGAAGUUACAGUUAGACCAUUUAAAAGGGCUAUGCUUAAAUCUGAGAACUGCUAUGUCCUCGAUUCUGGAUUUGGUGGAAUUUUCGUCUGGACAGGAAAGAAAUGUCCUUUUGAAACUCGUAAAAAAGUUUGGAAGGGUGUUCAUACCUUCAUUGCCGAAAGAGGAUUCCCAGCUUGGAUAAAUGUUACAAGAGUUGUCGAAGAUGGAGAGUCACCUAUAUUUCAACAAUACUUCAUAGAUUGGGCUCAAGAUGACGCUGUAAUGCCAAAAGAAAUCAAAGGCAACGUUGCCUCUCAAAAUUAUGAAGAAUUUGAUGGUUCAAAAUUGCAUUCAUCAGCCCCUAAACUUAAAGAUUUUAUGCCUGAUGAUGGCAAUGGCAGCGUACAAGUAUGGAGAAUUGAAAAUUUCAAUAUGGUUUCUGUACCAGAGGAGGCUUAUGGUUUCUUUUUUGGAGGCGAUAGCUACGUCAUCUUAUAUACAUACGAAAAGAAUGGUAAGAAGAAUUACAUCAUUUAUUUCUGGCAGGGAUUGAAAAGUUCCACUGAUGAAAAGGGAACAUCUGCCCUAAAAGCUAUUGAACUAGAUGACAAAUUGGGUGGAGAAGCUGUCCAAAUGCGUGUCGUUAUGAAUAAAGAACCAGCACACUUUAUGAAAAUCUUUAAGGGUAAAGUCGUCUAUUUCAUGGGUGGACACGUUUCUGGCUUCAGAAAUGUUCAUGACAGAGAUAAUUAUGAUCCUAAUGCAACUAUUUUAUACCAUGUCCGUAGUGAUAGCGUUGAUAGCACAAAAGCAGUUCAGGUCGAAGCAAGAGCAUCUAAAUUGAAUUCAAAUGACAUCUUUGUCAUAGAAACAUUGAAGAAUGUUGGAGUAUGGAUUGGAAAGUAUGCUAAUGAACAAGAAAUUGAAAUGGCGAAAUUAAUGUGCGAAUACCUAGCCCCCGAAAGAGGACAGCCUAUUGUUUAUGAAGAGGGUUCAGAAACUGCCCAAUUCUGGGAUGUUUUGGGCGGUAAAGAGAGUUAUUAUACUGGGCCAGCAAAAAAACAAAGUAUGACCAUGCCCACGAGACUCUUUCACUGCUCUAAUGCAUCUGGAAAGUUUAUUGUUGAGGAAAUUGUUGAAUAUAGCCAACAAGACUUGGAAGAAGAUGAUGUCAUGAUCUUGGACAAUUACGAUGAAGUUUUUAUCUGGAUUGGAAAUGGAGCUAACGAUUUUGAGAAGAGAGAAGCAUUGAAAACUGCCUAUAGCUAUCUUAACUCCGAUCCCACAGGACGAAAUGAGAAUAACACAAUGAUAAUUGUAGUUAAGCAAGGCUUUGAACCACCCCAAUUUACAGGCCAUUUCCAUCCAUGGGAUACCGACCUUUGGAAUCAUGGGCUUACUUUUGAUGAAAUAUUAAAAGAGGUUGGAGAAGAAAAUGCCGGAAUUAACUUGUUAGAAGAUGAGGUAAAAAAGUACACAUCCUUUUAUCCUUUGGACGUUCUCCAAAGGAAACUACCUCCAGAGGGCGUUGAUGUUACUUGCAAAGAACUAUUCGAUUUCGUUCAAGCAAUGUUCAAAUUUUUUUGGAUAUUAUUAAUUAUUAAGCCAGAGUUAAUAUUAGGAAAGUGUGUUUCUCUUUCUGACGAAUAUUUAUGUGACAUAUCAGAAAACGCUAAAAUAGGCACCACAAUACUAUCGUUUAAUGCCAAUGAAUUCACAGACAUAGAGACCUCCAAGUUUUCAGACUAUUUUAAACUGGAAACAUAUGCCCUCAAAACGAAUAAAAUAUUUGAUUUAGCUGUAAUAACUGAUGGGCCUGUGAUUCCAAUACCUGAUAAUCCAAAUAUAUGUGAAAUUGAACCAAAACCUGAUUCUCUAGUGGAUGAGAAUGUUGAUAGUGUCACAAUUCGGUUGAUUAAAGGGGCGAAAAACCUUAGUGUACCACUGAAACUAAAGAUACAAAAAAUUUUCUCAAAAGCCCCUGAAUUUUGUUCACAGUCACUCUCAUUAAGUAUAAGCGAGGCAGCUCCAAUAGGGACGACAAUAAUUGGUUUAGUUGGUUUAGCUUACGACCCUGAUUUUAAAGGGAGAGUACAGACUUAUUCUAUCGAAUCAAAUGAAGAAGAAAAGGUUUCUAUUCGUGGUGAUAAUAUGCAACAGCUAAAAUUGAUUCUAACUAAAGAAUUUAACUACGACAAAGGUGAUCGGGAAUACAACUUUACGCUAGUUGCAAUUGACAAUUCCAAAAAUACGAGCUCGACAACAUUUACCUUAAUUAUUCAGGAUGCUGACGACCAGAAUCCUGCAUUUACUCAAUUUGAAUAUUUCUUUAACUAUACUGAAGAGGAAGAUUAUCUAAUCGAAGAAAAUAUGACUAAACGAAAUUUUUUGCAAGCUUUCGAUGAAGAUAUAGAAAUAAAUCAAACAAUUUACUAUUCAAUAGAAGAUCAGGAUAUGGAAGGAAUUUUUUCCAUUAACAAACAAACAGGAGAGAUAAUCCCUUUAAUAAAAUUUGAUAGAGAAGUGAAUGAAUCAUUUUCAUUCAUUGCGAAAGCUUAUCAAAUAGAUAAACCUGAUUUAAGAAAAGCUUUUGCAAGAGUUCAUAUAAAAAUUUUAGAUGUAAAUGAUAAUCCUCCAGAAAUGAUGGAAAAGGAGUAUUCCGUAUCUAUAAAUGAGAAUUUAAAUGAGGGGGCCAUUUUACUACAAGUAAGGGCAAAUGAUAAGGAUAUUGUGUACGCUAAGGAAUACUUAACGAAUGAAUUAAGGGAAAGUAGUCGUUCUAGAGUUGCUAUUUCACUUAUAGAUGUCAAUGACAAUAAUCCAGAAUUUACGAAUGAGAAUUUCAAGUUUAAAAUUCCAAAUUCUAUUAAACUAAUUGAGGAAUUCCCUCGUUUAACGGUGGAAGCCACUGACCGAGAUAGCAAUUUAAACGGUCUCGUAAAUUAUGUAAUAGUUCCUGAUCAUAAUAUAUUCAAUAUCAAUCCUCUUAAUGGUCAUAUAUUUCCAAGACAUGUCUACAAUUUGACGGAAAACCUGACAAUAUCUCUAAAUGUUAAAGUCAUUGAUCAGAGUAAGAAUUUGAAUGAGAGAAGAUCGAAUUUUAGAACGAUAUUUUUGCUCUCGACAAAUGAAACUUUGCGAGUAUCCUCCACGUUGCCAAAUGACGAUGCUUUCACCACCGAAAAGGGUGUAACUGAUAUUUCUACGUUAUUUUCAACUGAGAGUCCUGAUAUUAAUAGAACAUGCACCAUUAUUAACGAAAUACGAAAUGAAGAAUCGAAUAAACUCAUUUAUAUUAUUAUUAUAUGUUUGCUAUCUAUAUUGUGCUGCACUCUCCUUAUAUCACUUAUACUAUUAAAAGUGGAAAAAAUCAAAGAGAAAAACAACAUUUCGGACGAAUGGACUCAAUGUUCCAUCAGCGAUGAAAAUUCUAAUAAGAUAGAAAUAAUCCCUACUUGUAAUACUAUUUCUAUAGUGGACACAAACGAAGUUUUAACCAUACCUAUGUGUAAUGGAGAGGACAUAAUUUCUCCCUGUGAUACAAUUUUGGUACAAACAGAUCAUACAGCAAAUAUAAGGCUUCGGGAAAAAAGUGAAAGUUUUCGCAGCGAAGAUACACAAAUUGAUUUGUCAAUUGAUAAUGAUCCAAUAUCCGAUAUUGAGGAUUGUGAAAUGAACGAAAUAGAAAGAAGAAGUCUAAAAGAAUUGUUUGCAGAAGAGUCAAUUCUUUCUGUAUAUGAACUUGCCGAUGGUAAGGAUGAAGCUAUUAAAGCACCGGUCUUUUCAACUGUUUAA